GAGGAGGCGGAAGAUGGCGGCGACAGCCGGGCUGCGGUGAGGAUCGCGACGGCGGCGGCGAGAGGCCAAUGGCCGCCGGGGCGCGCCUCAGAGGACCUGCAGAUUGCUAGGGCCCGACCCUGGGCGGCAUGUCGGAGCACGCGGCGCCCGGAGCCCCGGGGCCUGGGCCCAACGGUGGCGGCGGCGGCGGCGGCCCGGCCCCCGCGCGCGGGCCUCGCACCCCCAACCUGAACCCCAAUCCCCUCAUCAACGUGCGCGACCGCCUCUUCCACGCGCUCUUCUUCAAGAUGGCCGUGACCUACUCGCGCCUCUUCCCGCCCGCCUUCCGCCGCCUCUUCGAGUUCUUCGUGCUGCUCAAGGCCCUGCUGGUGCUUGCGGUCCUGGCCUACAUCCACGUCGCCUUCUCCCGCUCGCCCAUCAACUGCCUGGAGCACGUGCGGGAGCACUGGCCUCGCGAGGGUGUCCUGCGUGUCGAGGUCCAGCACAACUCCAGCCGCGCGCCCGUCUUCCUGCAGUUCUGUGAGGGCAGCGCCCGCCGUGGCGGCUUCCCAGGCCUGGAGCUGGAGGAGGAUGACGAGGAGGAGGAACUGACCAUGGAGAUGUUCGGGAACAGCUCUGUCCAGUUUGAGCUGGACAUCGAGCCCAAGGUAUUCAAGCCGCUGGGCAGCAGGGACACACUUAACAGCAGCCAAGACUUCCCCUUCCCUGAGACGCCCCCCAAAGCCUGGCCGCAGGACGAGUACAUCGUGGAGUACUCGCUGGAGUACGGCUUCCUGCGGCUCUCGCAGGCCACGCGGCAGCGCCUGAGCAUCCCCGUCAUGGUCGUCACGCUGGACCCGACCCGAGACCAGUGCUUCGGUGACCGGUUCAGCCGCCUGCUGCUGGACGAGUUCCUGGGCUAUGACGACAUCCUCAUGUCCAGUGUGAAGGGCCUGGCGGAGAACGAGGAGAACAAGGGCUUCCUGCGGAACGUGGUCUCGGGCGAGCAUUACCGCUUCGUCAGCAUGUGGAUGGCCCGCACGUCCUACCUGGCGGCCUUUGUCAUCAUGGUCGUCUUUACCCUGAGUGUGUCCAUGCUUCUGCGCUACUCCCACCACCAGAUCUUCGUCUUCAUCGUGGACCUGCUGCAGAUGCUGGAGAUGAACAUGGCUGUCGCCUUCCCCGCCGCACCCCUCCUGACCGUCAUCCUGGCCCUUGUCGGCAUGGAGGCCAUCAUGUCCGAGUUCUUCAAUGACACCACCACGGCCUUCUACAUCAUCCUCAUCGUGUGGCUGGCUGACCAGUAUGACGCCAUCUGCUGCCACACGAGCACCAGCAGGCGCCACUGGCUGCGGUUCUUCUUCCUGUACCACUUCGCUUUCUACGCCUACCACUACCGCUUCAACGGGCAGUACAGUAGCCUGGCCCUGGUCACCUCCUGGCUCUUCAUCCAGCACUCCAUGGUUUACUUCUUCCACCAUCACGAGCUGCCGGCCAUCCUGCAGCAGGUGCGCAUCCAGGAGUUGCUGCUGCACGCGCCUGCGCCAGGCCCCGGCUCCCCGACGGCGCUGCAGGACAGCCUUAACAACAACGCAGCUGCGCCUGGCCAGCCCACCACGCAGCCCCCUGCCCUGGGCCCUGUGGCUGCCGGCACAGGAGGGACCCCCGAGGCUGUGGCGCCCAGUUCCCUGGUGGCAGCCGCGGCGUCUGUGGCGGCAGCGACUGGAGGUGACCUGGGUUGGAUGGCGGAGACAGCAGCCAUCCUCACCGAUGCCUCCUUCCUGUCGGGCCUGAGCGCCUCCCUGCUGGAGCGGCGCAUGCCCCCAGCCCCGGGCGGCCCAGCCCCCACCCCUAUGCCCCAGGACGUGGGCACCCCUGCCUCCCAGGAGAGUGAGCCCAGCUCUGCCCCCACGAACCCCGAGAGCACGUCCUCAGAGGCCGGCAGCUGAGCUUGUGCGAGCCCUGGCUCCCCAGCCAGCUGGGCGUGACCCUACUGACCCGGGCGGCCGGGAGGUCCGUCACACUGACAGGUCUCUUGGGUCUGCAGGCCCUACCCCCUUGGGCUCAGGUGGGCUGGGGUCUGCUCUGAUGGGCCUGGCGGGUGGCCAGGCUCUCCUAGCCUGACAGCCAUGAAGUGCAGGCAGCCCACUGAGUCAGGGCACAGGAGCUAACUGGGCUUUCUCGAAGGUUCUAGAAGGGGCUGUUGGAGAUCAGGUGGCGUGUCCGUGGAUGGAGCUCUGUGGCUAGGUGGAAGCAGGGACCAGCAGGGUGGCACAGCUUUACCCUGUCUCCUUUGCAGGCCGGCGGCCUGGAACGCCGAGUACAGUGCCUUCUCUAGCCGCCGGCUCCCGGCCACUUAUUGAGGACACCAGGCCGCUUUUCCACUAUUUAAUUGCAGUGUACAAAAUUGUGUUUGUAUAUAGAAUAAAUCCUCUGUUACAGCGCU